AUGCCAAGUGUGGGCUUAGCACUUAGGAACCUACUGAAUUUUAUAAGAGCAGAUUUUAAUAGCAAAAUAGUUGACUUUGCAAAUCAAUCUUAGGUUGAGGAGUAGAAGUUUUAAGCACUUUCGCAAAGUCACUAAUUUUAAAAUUAGUAUACUCAGCAGAGAACCUAGGCAGAUUUGUACAGAUAGUAUGUUGUGGGUUUUGAUGGAAAAGGGUAGUACGACAGAGAUCCCUCGUAUGACUUAAAAGCAGCUCUUUGGAUUUUUUCACACUAGCCAGAAUAUAUAAAUAGUGAAAAACUAAUUGACAUAGCGAAUUUCAAUAGAAAAGACAAAAAUUUAGUUGAAAUUCUAAAAUCUCAGUGCUUUGGUCAAUUCAAUUAUAUGCUUCGAAAAGGGGAUGAAAAAUAAAUAGAAGCGAAAAUACAAAGAAUUUUGAAGGAGAAGUCACAGGAUGGAUUAGAAAGUUUACCAUUUUAAUUCGACCAAAUUCACAUUCCAAAGAUACUAUCAGUAAUGCUAAGGCUUGACUUUAUUUAAGAGGAUAUGGACUACAUACUAAAUGUAAUUGACUAUUCAUUUGACUCCCUGGAUGAUUAAAUGAAAAGCGAUAAUGAAUCAAGUUUAAAAACUUCAAAUAGAGCUGAGAUAAUUAGAUAGUUCAUGAAGAAACUAGUUUUCAAAAAAUUCAUGGUUGAUCUAAGUUAAAUAAAGCAAGUGAAAAAUCUAAGGUGUAUUUAAGCAACAUAAUCUUAAAAUGAGUCAAUACAAUUUGAAUUGGUAUUAGCUUAGAAUGAAAGACCCCUAGCAUUGUAGAUAGAGAACUUGGAUACGAAAAUUUAAAAUGUGCAUUUACGAUUUUCAAGAAUAAAAAUAGAGCUAUUUAAGUUGAGUUAUAACAGACCACUACCUAUUACUGAGAAUAGUUAAUUUAUCAAGAUGUCUAAGAAUAUUCCAAUACAAUUAAAUGGAAGCAAUGGUUUAAGAGUGGACGGUUUUAUUGCAACAAUCAAUUAGAGACAUCAAUAUCUUAAGCUUAUUGAAUAUUUUGAGUCCUUCCAAGAUGAAAUUAAUCUUAGCUAUCCACAACUGUAAAUAUCACUAAAUGGCGAAAAUCAAUCGAUUGAGCUCCUACUAUAUACAAAAAGUAAAUUAGUGUUGCAAAUAGUCUCUGGCAAAGGUCUAUUGAUCAGUGAAUCUUCUCAUUUAACUCUAAAUCAAUAAAAGAUAAUCAAUGAAAUGCUACUGUAAACAAACCCAAAAGACUUUAACCAAGUCUAGUGCUUAUUCAAAAUUCUAGUUCCACAUUCAUUUUUCCAUUUACUAGAAUGUGAACUUAGAAAGAAUACAACUAAUCCAUUCAUUCAUAAAUCAAUCGACGAGUUUGUUGACUUGAGAAGAGCAGUCUUAAAUACAUCACUUGUUUUGCAUGAGUGUGAUACAUACCCGACAGCUCCAAUCUUCUAGACCUGGCUUAUGAAAACUCUCUAGUAAAGCUUCCGCUUUGAAUUAAAAGACCUAGUCAAGACUUAUAAGCAGCUCUAUUCUGAUCAAAUGAUUAUUGUUGUCAAUGUUAAACCUGCAGUCGGAGAACUCGAGUUAAGAUUGGAGAAGAGGCCUAGAAAUAUAAUAUUCGUGAAAAUUGCGAUUGACUAGGAGGAACGUCGAAUUCAGAGAAUGUCAGAUAUAGUGGUUACCGUUGAGCAUACCCAAGUAAUCCAUCAUAUUGCAGGAUAAAGUCCAAUGGAGGAAUACAGACUCUAGGGUGAAGGAAUCGACUUCGACUAGUUAGUGAAUUUAUUGAUAGGAGAAAAUGAAUAAUGA